UGGGAGAAAGGGGGGAUCAGGAGACCGAGAGGAAAAUCCUUGGGUGGGGGCUGAGGGCGGCUCGGAGGGGCUCUGGGCUGACAGGGAACAUGAGCAUGGAGGAGCUGCACAGCUGGAGCUAAAGGCACCAUCGGCUCAGACGGGCGGGAUCGAAGCUCUGUGCCGCACCCCAGAGCCAGGAAGGUAUGUGAAGAUGUCGACCUUCCUAGAUCCUGGGAUGCACACUCUCCAGAUAGGUACAAACGGCGAGAGCUCUCAGACGCCGUCCCCACCCAGUUCCCCAGGAAUGCACCAUGAAAGCUUCAGCAUCGCGCCGCUCACGCCCUCCCAGUCACCUAGGAACGAAGCCCGGGCGCAGCGACCCACUUCCUUCUCCGUGGUGGUGGCCAUUGACUUUGGCACGACCUCCAGCGGCUAUGCCUUCAGCUUCUCCAACGACCCCGAGGCCAUUCACAUGAUGAGGAAAUGGGAGGGGGGUGAUCCUGGAGUGGCCAAUCAGAAAACCCCCACCAGCCUCUUGCUGACCCCAGAGGGCGCCUUUCACAGUUUCGGAUACACGGCCAGGGAUUAUUACCACGAUCUCGAUCCGGAGGAAGCCCGGGACUGGCUCUACUUUGAGAAGUUUAAGAUGAAGAUUCACAGCACUAGUGACCUCACCAUGAAAACCGAAUUAGAAGCCGUGAAUGGGAACAAGGUCCAGGCGCUGGAGGUGUUUGCACACGCCCUUCGCUUCUUCAAGCAGCACGCCGUGCAGGAGCUGAAGGACCAGUGUCCGUCUUUGCAAGAGAAAGAUGCCAUCCGCUGGGUGAUUACAGUGCCUGCCAUCUGGAAACAGCCAGCCAAGCAGUUCAUGAGGGAAGCUGCAUACAAGGCCGGCUUGGUUUCCCCCGCAAACCCGGAGCAGCUGUUGAUCGCGCUGGAGCCAGAAGCCGCCUCCAUCUAUUGCAGGAAGCUCCGCCUCAAUCAGCUGAUUGACCUGAGCUGCAAACCUCUAGCCAAUGGCCUGGCCCCAGAGCUCUCCAUCGACUCCAGCUUCAGGCAGGCCAGAGAGCAGCUCCGGCGUUCCCGGCACAGCAGGACCUUCCUGGUGGAGUCGGGAGUAGGCGAGCUGUGGGCCGAAAUGCAAGCAGGGGACCGUUACAUCGUGGCUGACUGUGGCGGCGGGACGGUGGAUCUGACCGUCCACCAGAUCGAGCAGCCGCAAGGGACGCUCAAAGAGCUCUACAAAGCCUCAGGCGGCCCCUAUGGGGCGGUGGGGGUGGACCUGGCCUUCGAGACGCUGCUGGGCCAGAUCUUCGGGGAGGAUUUCAUCGCCACCUUCAAGGCCAAGCGCCCGGCCGCCUGGGUGGACCUGACCAUCGCCUUUGAGGCCCGCAAGAGGGCGGCAGCGCCCUUCCGCUCCAACCCCCUCAACGUCUCGCUGCCCUUCUCCUUCAUCGACUUCUACCGCCGGCACCGGGGCCAGAACGUGGAGACGGCGCUCAAGCGGAGCAGUGGGAACGUUGUGAAGUGGUCCUCGCAGGGGAUGCUGCGAAUGUCGUCGGAGGCCAUGAACGACCUCUUCCAGCCGACCGUCAGCCAGAUCAUCCGGCACAUCGACGACCUCCUGAAGAAGCCAGAUGUCAAAGGCAUCAAGUUCCUCUUCCUGGUAGGGGGCUUCGCCGAGUCAGCGAUGCUCCAGCACGCCGUCCAAUCGGCCUUCGGCAGCCUGUGUCGCGUCAUCAUCCCCCAGGACGUCGGGCUGACCAUCCUCAAAGGGGCGGUGCUCUUCGGCCUCGACCCCACCAUCGUCAGGGUCAGGCGCUCGCCCCUGACCUACGGCGUGGGGGUACUCAACAAAUUUGUGGAGGGGAAGCACCCCAAGGAGAAGCUGCUGGUGAAGGAGGGGAAGAACUGGUGCACAGACAUCUUUGAGAAGUUUGUCUCCGUGGACCAGUCGGUGGCCCUGGGCGAGGUGGUGCAGAGGAGCUACUGCCCGGCCAGGGUGGGGCAGCGGAAGAUCAUCAUCAACAUCUACUGCUGCGCCACGGACGACGUGGUCUACAUCACCGACCCGGGGGUGAGGAAGUGCGGCACCAUCAGCCUGGAGCUGGAUGAGGUGGACGAACCAAGCUCCCCCAAGAGCCGGCGGCGGGAGAUCCGGGCCAGCAUGCAGUUCGGGGACACGGAGCUCAAGGUGGCAGCUAUGGAUGUCAGGACCUCCAAGACGGUCAGGGCUGCCAUCGACUUCCUGUCCAACUGAGCCCCAAAGGAAGGGAGAGCUCAGAGGCUGCAGGGGCAUGGGGUCUUCCACAGGCAUCUACCCCUCUCCCCUGACAGCACAUGCCUCGGUGCUCACGUCCAUGCGGGUUUCACACCACGAGACGCAGUCACUUCGCAUCCGCAGCAGCAGCGAUACUGGACUUGGAGGAGCUUUACGCUGCCAGGGAACAAUGGUUCAUGGACUCACAAACCUAAUCAAGCCCUGGCGAACCCAUGGUCCUCA